AUGCCUGAGGCAAAACCAGAGGCCAAAAAGGCCCCCAAAGGGGCUUCCCCUAAGGAGGCUCCUGCAGAGGCCCCCAAAGAAGCCCCACCUGAGGACCAGUCGCCCACUGCGGAGGAGCCCACUGGCAUUUUCCUGAAGAAGCCGGACUCCGUAUCGGUGGAGACCAGCAAGGACACGGUGAUCGUGGCCAAGGUGAACGGGAAGGAGCUCCAGGGCCCGCCGACCAUCAGGUGGUUCAAGGGCAAGUGGCUGGAGCUGGGCAGCAAGAGCGGCACGCGAUUCUCCUUCAAGGAGUCCCACGACUCUGCCAGCAAUGUGUACACCGUGGAGCUGCACAUUGGGAAGGUGGUUCUGGGGGACCGCGGGGAUUACCGCCUCGAGGUCAAAACCAAGGAAGCCUGCCACAGCUGCGGUUUCAACAUCGAUGUGGAGGCCCCCCGCCAGGACGCCUCUGGGCAGAGUCUAGAAAGCUUCAAGCGUUCGGGUGAAGGGAAGUCAGAGAAGAUGGGCGAGCUGGAUUUCAGCGGCCUCUUGAAGAAGAGGUACGUGUUUGAGAACGUUGGCAAGAAGCGGAUUCUCACCAUCAACAAGUGCACGCUGGCGGACGACUCCGCCUACGAAGCGGCCGUCAAGGACGAGAAGUGUUUCACCGAGCUCUUCGUCAGAGAACCCGCAGUCCUGAUCGUCACGCCUCUCGAGGACCAGCAGGUGUUUGUGGGCGACCGGGUGGAAAUGAUGGUCGAGGUGUCGGAAGAAGGUGCCCAGGUCAUGUGGAUAAAAGACGGCGUGGAGUUGACUCGGGAGGAGUCCCACAAGGCCCGGUACCGCUUCAAGAAGGACGGGAAGCGCCACAUUCUCAUCUAUUCGGAUGUGACCCUGGAGGACGGGGGACACUAUCAGGUCAUGACCAACGGUGGCCAGUGUGAGGCUGAGCUCAGUGUGGCAGAGAAACAGCUGGAGGUCCUGCAGGACAUCGCUGACCUGACGGUGAAGGCCGCGGAACAGGCCGUGUUCAAGUGCGAGGUGUCUGACGAGAAGGUGACGGGCAAGUGGUACAAGAACGGGAUCGAGGUGCGGCCCAGCAAGAGGAUCACCAUCUCCCACGUGGGGAGGUUCCACAAGCUGGUGAUCGAUGACGUCCGGCCCGAGGAUGAGGGCGACUACACAUUCGUGCCUGAUGGCUACGCCCUGUCACUCUCUGCCAAGCUCAACUUCCUAGAAAUCAAAGUGGAGUACACACCCCAGCAAGAGCCACCAAAGAUCCGCCUGGACUGCUCGGGGAAGACCUCAGAGAAUUCGAUUGUGGUUGUGGCUGGAAACAAGCUGAGGAUGGACGUGGCCAUCACAGGGGAGCCCCCUCCCGUUGCCACCUGGCUGAAGGGAGAUAAGGUAUUCUCGGCCACCGAGGGCAGGACCCGCGUCGAGAAGCGAGUGGGGUGCAGCAGCUUCGUGAUCGAGAGUGCGGAGCGGGCGGACGAGGGCCAGUACACCAUCAAGGUCACCAACCCCGUCGGCGAGGACGUGGCCACCAUCUUCCUGCGGGUUGUGGAUGUCCCAGACCCCCCUGAGGCCGUGCGCGUCACCUCAGUGGGAGAGGAUUGGGCCAUCCUUGUCUGGGAGCCACCCAAGUACGACGGGGGGCAGCCGGUCACCGGGUACCUCCUGGAGCGCAAGAAGAAGGGCUCUCAGCGCUGGAUGAAGCUGAACUUUGAGGUGUUUAAGGAGACGACCUAUGAGUCCACCAAGAUGAUCGAGGGCAUCCUCUAUGAGAUGCGGGUCUUCGCUGUCAAUGCCAUCGGAGUGUCCCAGCCCAGCAUGAACACCAAGCCCUUUAUGCCUAUCGCCCCCACGAGCGAACCCCUGCACCUGGUGGUGGAGGACGUGACAGACACCACCACCACCCUCAAGUGGAGGCCUCCCAAUAGGAUCGGGGCCGGCGGCAUCGACGGGUACCUGGUGGAGUACUGCCUGGAAGGCUCCGAGGAAUGGAUCCCGGCUAACACCGAGCCCACGGAGCGGUGUGGCUUCACCGUCAAGAAUCUCCCCACGGGAGCAAGAAUCCUCUUCCGGGUUGUCGGGGUCAACAUCGCGGGGCGUAGCGAGCCGGCCACCCUGGCCCAGCCGGUCACCAUCCGGGAGAUUGCAGAGCCACCCAAGAUCCGUCUGCCCCGCCAUCUCCGCCAGACUUACGUCCGCAAAGUGGGAGAAGCUCUCAACCUUGUCAUCCCCUUCCAGGGAAGGCCGCGGCCCCAGGUGGUGUGGACGAAGGGCGGGGCCCCCGUGGACACCUCCCGCGUGAACGUGCGGACCAGCGACUUCGACACCGUAUUCUUCGUGCGCCAGGCGGCCCGCUCGGACUCCGGGGAGUAUGAGCUGAAAGUGCAGAUCGAGAACAUGCAGGACACGGCCACCAUCCACAUCCGGGUCGUGGAAAAGGCAGGGCCGCCGGUGAACGUGAGGGUGAAGGAGGUGUGGGGCACCAACGCGCUGGUGGAGUGGCAGCCCCCCAGAGAUGACGGCAACAGUGAGAUCACGGGCUACUUGGUCCAGAAGGCCGACAAGAAGACGAUGGAGUGGUUCAACGUCUACGAACGCAACCGGCACACUUCCUGUACUGUGCCUGAGCUCAUCAUAGGCAACGAAUACUAUUUCCGUGUCUUCACCGAGAACAUCUGUGGGCUCAGCGACUCCUCUGGUGUCUCCAAGAACACGGCCCGCAUCCUCAAGACAGGAAUCACCUUAAAGCCAUUCGAGUACCAGGAGCAUGACUUCCGGAUGCCUCCCAAGUUCCUGACGCCUCUCAUAGACCGCGUGGUAGUGGCUGGGUACACCGCGGCUCUCAACUGCGCCGUCAGAGGCCAUCCAAAGCCAAAGGUUUCCUGGAUGAAGAACAACAUGGAAAUCCGAGAAGACCCCAAGUUCCUGAUGACCAACUACCAGGGGGUCCUGACGCUGAACAUCCGCCGCCCCUCGCCCUUCGACGCCGGGACUUACACCUGCCGGGCCGUCAACGAGCUGGGCGAGGCGCUGGCCGAGUGCAAGCUGGACGUCCGAGUGCCGCACUGA